CCGAUUUGGAAUGCAAUGAUCCAACCAAUUGGUGGGGAUUCCAGUACAAAAAGGGCUAAGUUUGCCGAGGAAGCGGAAGGAAAUGUUCCUGGGGCACCUGAUACAUUUGAAGAUACAAGUGCAGCCUUAGGUCAGCAUAUGAAUUCUAAGUCAAUGGAAGCUAAUGCAACUGAUGCAAGCGCAUCAAAUGCUGUUGUUCCUCUGGGAACAAAUGAAAAUGUUGGUCUUGAUCAGCUGCCUAAGGAACUGCAUGAAAUGAAGAUUAGAGAUGAUAAAGCUAACAGCUUGGAUCACAAGGAUACAGAAGCGGCUGUGGUGAAUGGUCGGGGGACUGAAGCUGGCCAUAUAAUUUCAACGACUGUUGGGGGCCGUAAUGGUCAACCAAAACAGACAAUCUCAUACAUGGCAGAACGUGUAGUAGGCCAUGGUUCAUUUGGUGUUGUCUUCCAGGCUAAAUGCCUGGAAACAGGUGAAGCGGUUGCUAUAAAGAAGGUGCUGCAGGAUAAAAGAUACAAGAAUAGAGAACUUCAAGUUAUGCGCUUACUUGACCACCCUAAUGUGAUCCGGCUGAAACAUUGUUUCUUUUCAACCACUGAGAAAGAUGAAGUCUACCUUAAUCUUGUAAUGGAAUUUGUAUCAGAGACUGUGUACAAAGUUGCCAAGCACUACAGCAAAAUGAGCCAACGGAUGCCCCUUAUUUAUGUGAAAUUAUAUACAUAUCAGAUUUGUCGGUCGCUUGCUUACAUUCAUGGUGCUAUUGGUGUCUGCCAUCGUGAUAUAAAGCCGCAAAAUUUAUUGGUUAAUCCCCACACUCAUCAACUAAAGCUUUGUGAUUUUGGAAGUGCAAAAAUGUUGGUUGCUGGUGAACCUAAUAUUUCAUACAUCUGUUCCCGGUAUUAUAGGGCUCCGGAGUUGAUCUUUGGAGCUACUGAAUAUACAACUGCAAUUGACAUGUGGUCUGAUGGUUGUGUCUUAGCAGAGCUGCUUCUGGGACAGGUUGGCAUCCCUUUUGAUCAUUCGAGUGAUAGAUUGAACUAUAUAUGUUCCCAGGUUUUUCCUAAACGAACACCUCCAGAAGCAGUUGAUUUGGUAUCAAGGCUGCUGCAAUAUUCUCCCAAUCUGCGCUGCACAGCUCUAGAGGCCUGUGCACAUCCCUUCUUUGAUGAGUUGCGGGACCCCAAUACACACUUGCCCAAUGGACGCCUGCUUCCCCCCUUAUUUGACUUCAAGCCCCAAGAGUUGGUCGGUGCUUGUCCUGAGCUGCUCCAGCGUCUUACUCCAGAACAUGCUUGGAAAUAAAUUUACUUCUACCAGCAGGGUAAAGUUCUUGUGAUACUAUUCCAAAGAACAUGGAUGUCUUCAUACUUUGGAAGCAGGACCCCUGCUAAUGUUGGUUUAUAUCACAUCACAUGGUGAGCAUCCCAAUUUUACUUCAGCUCCUAUGCUUAGGGACAAAGGGGUGUGGAUCUAUUGACCAAAGUCGAGCACUGUUUUUCCACGUCCGAAUGAGGUGUGUGCCCCAAGUUCAAGCCUUUCAAAUGAGUGCGGUGUAUUUAUGCCAUUCUCUCUUUCCUUUUCUUUUCCUUUUCAUUUUUCAAAUGUUAUCGGUGGAUUUAUGCUCGUAGAUUGUGAUGUAUUAGAAUGUGUUUUUAUGUAAUGUGGUUAGAAUGUAUUCUGCAAUGUACGCUGAGAAUGGCUCGGGCCUCACCCUUUUGCUUAUGUAUUUGUAUUAAUUUGAGAUGGACGAAUGAAUCUCCCUCACCCUGUC